AUGAUUCUAUUGCAAAAUAAUUAUUCUACAGAAUAAUUGAGCAUGAUCGCUGAGAGAUUUCAAACAUCAGUUAAAAAUUUACGAAGGUGGUAUAAUGAAGGAGUUGAUCGGAAACCAGGAUGUGGUAGAAAGAAACUCAAUCAAAAAGCAGAAGAAGAAUUGGCAUCAUGGAUUCUUUAAUAAUCCAUUUAAUAAUAAAGGAGAGUGAGAAGGAGUUAAUUAAAAGAAAAAGCCAUAGAAUUAUUUCAGGAUCCUCAAUUCAAAGCAUCAAAAGCAUGGUAAGAUGAAUUUAUAAGAGCACAUGAUAUUAAGUUUCUAGUAAAUAAGGAACUUCAUAAUAGAGGUAUGCUCAAUUCUUUACAGGCUCAGAAAUUUGAAGAAUCCUUAAAGCAAAGAGCAUCUGAACCUAAAUUGGAAGGAGAACAACUUUAAAUACCUACAGAAAUUAAAUAAGAAGAUAAACUGAAGAAAAUAACAACAAGUCCUUUUACUUAUAAAGAGAAGUUAGAGGAAAAUCAAGAAGAAGAAGUGUAUAAAAUGAUUGAAAAAUAAAAUAUUCAUCAAACAAUUGAUGAAAUGGAUGAAUGGUUUAUUACUCCAGAACACAUUAAUUAAAAUUAAAAAUAUGAAGAAGAUGGUCUCAAAAUCGAACUUUAAGAUGAAUCUGAGGUAUACUUUCCGAAAUAGAAAAGAGUGUUAAUUAAUAAAUAAUAAUAAUUUGAUUAAUCAUGA